AUGAAACAGUUCAUCAACGACAGAUUUAUCAACCAACAAAUGUUUGACAUUUCAACUAAUUUCUGCAAAGAUUGCUUAUUUUUUUACAUACUGCUUCUUUGGUUCGUACAAACCGUAUUUUGUCGUCUUCCUGGUCCAUCAACUGGUUUAUCAGCAAGUAAAGCUGGACUGAUCUUUGGAAUCUGUCAGUUAGUGUCGUUCAUUUUUCUGCCACUCUGGGGUGUAUUAAUCGAUCGUACUGGAAAGAGGUUGUUGUUUACAUUCGUAAUGUUAAUUGGUAUUGCUUUAACGCUGUUUCCGGCUCCCUGGAUAGCUGCAAGAUAUAAAUGUGAUCAUUACAUCGUCGGUAAUGUCAGUUCUAGUGAUUCGAGGAAUUCCGAAAAAUCACCAUCUUCAGCAGUUUGUUUACAAAGUGAUAGUUCUAGAACUUUGUUUUAUGCAAUGUUAGUUGUGUUUACAGCAAGUUCUGUAUGUGAACAACCUUUUCUUUCUUUUUUUGAUUCCGUUGUUAGUUUGCGCAAAAGCAAAAUUACAUUUGGGCAACAAAGAGUAUUUGGUUCCAUUGGUUAUGCAGUAACUGCUUUCGUGGCUGGUCUUGCUGCUGAUAAUUUUACACAUCCAGAAAUAUCCCCGUACAGUGCAGUAUUUUUUGUGUUUUUACCAUUCUUAGUUGUAUCAUUGCCAUUUGUUGGGAGUCUUGUUAAGAAUGCAACAUUUAAAAACGAGAGCAAAGAACAAAAAGGAACGAAACUUUUAAUAAAAACAGUAUUUAAAACAUGCUGCAAGUUGGACAAUUUUGUGUUUCUUUUAACUGUUCUGGUAAAGGGAUCGAUGACUGGUUUAAUGGAUAUUUAUCUGUUUGUGUUUAUGGAGAAGGAGAUGGACGCUGCCGAGUCAAUAAUGGGCAUAUCAAUUGCAAUCGCUUGUUUAAGUGAAGCUUUAAUAUUCCCAUUUGCGUCUCCUAUCAUGGGAAAGCUUGGAGGGACCGUCCCUUGUGUUAUUAUUGGUUUGUUUUCAAUUAGUAUGCGUUUCAUCUUCUUCUCCAUCGUGCACAAUCCAUGGUUUAUUUUACCAUGUCAACUAUCGAAUGCGUUAGAUUUUGCUUUAUUUUGGGCAGCAUCUAUUGAACAAACAAGGAGAAUAAGUCCUAAGGAAGUGUUAACCACGAUGUUUGCCAUUUUAUUCAGUCUUUACAUUGCUCUGGCGUCCCUAAUAAGCAGUACUGCUGGUGAAUAUCUUUACGACGCCUUUGGAGGACGCAUGUUAUUUCGUGGUGCUGGUAUUGUGGGUUUUGUAUGGUCGAAAACGGUAUUGAUAGAAGAAGUGUUAAGGAAGAUAGCGCUAACAGGAAAAUCAACUCGCUGUAGAAAGGGACCUGUGUGA